AUGCUUGCAGUGGUUGAUUUGCCGACGGAGAUUGUAUGGGAGCUUUUGGAACUGUGUCCUAGAGAGCUCAGAGCGGUAAAUAAGAGGUUUUAUCUGUUGCAUAAUGAGUUGUAUCGGGAGAAAACUCUAGAUUUAAUUCCUAGAGUCCCAGAGGAGAAUCAAGAAUUUUGGGAUGUUGUAAAGGGUCCAGUGGUUGAUUACGUGAAGAGCUUGGAAUUUUUGCGUGGCAAUGCGAGAAAGAUUGGGCGUUUACUAGGUGAAGAGUACGUUGACGAUUCUUGGUAUAUUAUUUAUAAUGCGAUCCUGGGUCGAUUGAAGUGUGGGAACCAUUUCGCAGUGAGAGACUCGUUGGAUUAUCACAAGCCAAUCUAUACUGGUAGUUGUGUGGUACCACCCGGUGAAUCUUGUCCGAUUAAUGCAUGGUUCCAUAUCGAUGAUUUGGAUGCAGCGAGGAAGUUGGGUACGUUGGUGACUGAUUUCGGGGCUAGCCAUACGAAAUUAUCACCAGGCGAGUACUGUACCGAAUAUUGCGGAUUUUAUCAAGGAGACUGGGGUCUACUGCUUCAAUCUGGGAUAUUGCCCAAAAUGGAGGGAAGAAACUUGCCAGUGUCGAUUGAGUUACGACUUGUUGAGAGGUCAAUGACGCCACCAGAUUAUUUUGAAAAACCGCAAUUGAAUUUUCUGGGAUACGAUUUCAGAGAUUACGAUCCAAAGAAUAAAUGGUUGUUUUUUCGAAUAGAUAAAUCCUUUAAGACUACAAUUUUUAAUCCAUAUGAGACAUUGCUUUCAGAGUCGCUUGUCAAGUGGGAUGGGAAGUUUGAUGUGCCAAGUCAUUUUGAGAGACCUCAGAAGUCAACAACUGGAUAUUUUGAUCCCAGCGUUAAAGCUGUAAGAAAAUUUAUGUAUCGAUACCCAAAGAGCAAACAGAAUUUAGAACUGGAAAAGGUUUUGCCCGAUUGGAGAGCACCCCGACUACGACGUUAA